ACAUGACUUGACAUGACAUAACAUCUGUCUACAAAAGUUGUUUCCACUCCUUCAAUUCCAACAAAAUUCCAGUUACAGUAAUUUAAUGUCAUCAAUAAUUUCCCAGUUGAUAUUAAAACUACAGUGAAACUUAAAAUUUAUAUUUCAGUAUUUAUAGCAAGAUAACGUAUAUUAGUUUUAUAAGUGUUCAAAUAUCUAACAAAAAUCUACAAUUUAAAACAUGAGCAAUUCGGAGAAUAGAAGUGAGUUGUCUGAAGUAAACGAAGUUAAUGGCGUUAUAAAUCAAGAUAAAGUGCGCAAAGGAUGGGUUAAAUUCGAAGACGAAUCUCCUAAAACAAGCAUUCCUAUAGCAGAAAACGACAAAGUGUCAAACGUUCCACAACCCGUAGGCGCAAGUACAUCGUCGGCUGAAUCUGCCGCUGUGUUAAGAACUGAAACUGUACACAUCAAUUUGGAACGAGGAGAUAAAACUUCCGAACCUAUUACCUUAGGAACACUAUCUAAAAAUGUUGAAUUUAUCAAUGUACGUCAAGGAUUCUCAAAUGGUGAUAUUAUUGUUACUCUACUGCCUGUGAAUACUAAAUGGCCAUGGGUGACAGCAGCCCGCUUUCGACCAGAAUUAGUACCAGAGGAGUUGAUGGCGCAAGGUUUAACCCUUACCGUUGAGGAGUAUGUUCAUGCAAUGGAAUUACUGAUUAAUGAUGCUCGUUUCACAUUGUACAACAUUUGCUAUAAGAGAGUGCUUGUCUGUUGGAUAACUCUGGCAUUCCUUGUGCUUCUGGCACUGUUGUUUUCCGGCUUGACAGGCCUUUUGUUGUUUUCUCUUGGUGUGUUAUGGCUGAUUUUUAAUGCUGCUGCAAUAUUUUUGUGCAUGUGGAUAAAGCUGAGAUUAUCUAAAGGAUUAGAACAAUGUUUAGCAAGAGUUAACAAACUACUAAGUAAACAUAAAUUGAUUCUGGCUUUAGAUGACAGAGGAAAAAUUUCUUGUCAUAAAGUAAACCUUUGCUUUAUAUACUUCGAUUCUGGACCUUGUAUUGCACACAUACAACAGUUCAUUGAAAGUGAAGAAGGUAAAACAAUCAUGCAGGGUUGGGAACAUCGCCUUGAUGUCGCCACAAAUGAUAUUGUUAUCCAAGGAACACAGUCUACCAGAUUAUCUAGGAAACAGGAACGGGGAGCUCUUCUAUUUUUACGUUAUGCGGGCCGCUGGGGAUCUUAUGCUGUUAAGAGAAGACUCGACCUGAGCAGCUUGGUUCCAGGGCGCCAUGGUGAGAAGUAUGUUUGUCCCUGCCAGUUUAUAGAAGAGCACCUUAAGGUAAAGCCUCCCGCGGGCAUUGCUAAGUAUUUCACACUUCCCAAUCAAAAUAUCCAACUAUAUUAACUCAACAGAUAUGAGCAUAUUAUUUAACAUAUUUGUUCAUUUACGAAUUGUGUAAUCGUUCCGUCCAUUUCUCGUCUUAUGGUAUUACGUAUGGUAAUUACACCUAAAAACGUACUUAAAUUCGUAGUGGUAAUUUUAAAUUAUUUUAUAUUUAUUUUAUACAAUACGAACAUGUAAGUUAAUAUAUAGAUAACUAUUUAAGAUAUUAUUUAUUUGUUUUACAAAGAUCGAUCUGAGAGAAAAUUAGUAUAAAUGUCUAAGCAGUAUUUUAAUUAUUUACUUAUGUAUUGAAAAGAAACACAAAAAAUGUUUGUCCUUUUUAGACAUGCAUGAUUUUUACCCUUUAAUAGAUUCGAUUAGUUGACUUCUUCGGGCAAAAUAUGGAUAAAUUCUAUAAAAUGUAUUAAUUCAUUGAGGAACAUUCUGUAAUUCUAAACAAAAGUAAAUUGAAUGAAACAAUUGGUAUGAAACAUUUGUUCUUGUUUAGUUACUUUUUUUAACUUCCCACAAAUUAUAUUAUCUACGAUUUUAAUUUCCGCUAGAAUCUCAUGUAUCGAUUGAUUUAAGUUUUAAAGUAUUUUUUAUAGCAAGUGGCCAUACAUUUAAUCUUUUACUGUUGUACAGAUAGGUAAUUAUUAUUGAAGUAUAUAGGUCUACGAAUUCUUUUAAUGAAAUUUCUGAUCUUUAUAUAUUGAUCUGAUUUCAUACAAAAAAUUAUAUAAUAUGGUGUGUGAUCUAAAUCAUUUCAGGAUAUAAAUUACUUUUGAAAAAACACUAAUGGUGGCCCUUUUGUCAUAUCAUUAGCGUUUAACAUUAGUGUUAAGGAAAAACGUUUACUAUUGCCAUUCGGAAAUAUGAUACCUACUUGAAUACAUAAUAUUUAUGUUGUUACGAUAUAUAACUUUACUAUAUCUGUAUUUAUCUCUUGUAUUGUUAUAUUAUACCAGUAAUUAAUGGAUCGUUAUAAACACAAUGUAUAUUCAUAAAUUUUAUUCAAAGAUCUGGAAGCAAUAAAGUAUCACAAUAUAGUAUCGACUAGUCAUCUACAGUAGCUAAACGCACUGAUGUCAGUGUGAAAUUAUUUCAUAAUAAAACCAAAGCUCAAAAUCUUGAAAUUGUGUCAGAUUUAUUUCGAAGUGAUUAUAUCGAAUUAUAAUUCAUUUAAAAAUAAUUUAGCCUUAAUUAGUCUUAUAAAUUAGUUGUAUGUAAAGUAAUGAAUAUAAACAUAUUAUGAGAUAAUGUUACCUAAAGCAUUAUACAGUUGUAAGUGUUAUUCAUGUAUAAUACGAUCACAUUCCAGUUUAUUAAUAGUACAUAUGUACGUACACGAAAUAAAUCAUUACAUGCUUAUAGAAGACAAAAAGCUUCAUUACCGGGGAAAGGUAAUUAUAACACAAUUCAUAUAAAUUAUGUAUAGACUAGAUUUAAGUAACUAAGUAUUCAUAAUGUUGUGAUUAAUAUAACACAUUCCGUCCUAAAUGUUGAAAGUACUUAUACAUAUACUUAAAUAAAACAUUUUAAUAUAAAUAUACUUACUUACAUAUUACUUUAUUUUUAUGUAACUAUGUUAUGUAAAUAUAUCAUAUUUUUUUUAAACAAGCUGUUUUAUUUGUUUAAGUUGCGAUUAUACAUACUUGAUCCAUAACAGGUACGGUUGUCUUUUUUUAAUGAAGCCGGAAUAUUGAAGACCUAUUUAUUUCUAACGUCGCCCUCGUUCAAAAUAAUUUUGGAAAAAGGGACGAUUUACCAUGAUUAUCUACGUCUGAAAAUCUAAUCAAUAAACAAUUCAACUGCAGCUCCCUGUGCUAACUAACGAAACAUACAUUAGAAGUAAGUGCUACGCGUUGGAAGAACUUACCACAGAU